GGAGGGGGGAAGAAAUGUUGAAGUUUAUUCUGUCAACAUUAUUUAUAAUGUUUUAUUUAUUUCGUUAAAAUGUUUUAUUUUAUGUUAAUUUUGGUUCUUUUUCAAAUAUCCUGUGUUUCCAGUGAACGAAAACUGCGAAUACCUCCAAUGACAAAGUACUUAAUCGAAAAUGACGUCUGCUAUGUUCCAUAUUUUGAUCCUUGGUCUUUGCAAUCAAACUACAAAAAUCAAUCGGGUUUUAUUAAUUUUUGCCCAGAAAUUGAACCCUUGGUAUAUUUUGAAAGAACAAACUUAAAAAUAAACGUUUACAUCAAGGAUUUCUUGCUAGAAAAUUCGAUGGAACUUGAAUGUUGUCUGAGCAACAUAACGAGAAAUAUGUCUAAAUCAAUUCCGGAUAAUUCCUUUAGCGAAUCUAGUUGUGAGGUUUUUGAGAAUUCAACAGAAAUAAAAAACGAUGUAAUUCGAACGAUUUGUUAUAAGAACGAUACGAAGAAAAAACUUUACGAGGAUAUUCAUGGAUUUUUUAUAGAUACAAACUUAAAUCGAACCGACGAAGAGGUAUCCUCUCCUCUGAUUGGUUACAACGUUUUAAUAAUUUUAGUGGAUAGUUUGUCGCAAAAUAACUUUUUAAGACACUUACAAAAUACCCAUCGCUUUUUAAUAAACAGUGGUUAUGAUAUUUUGGAAAAAUCCCGCAAUGGUUACAUCUCGAAGCCGGCAAGAUCUUGUCGAAAUUGUAACUCAAUUUUUCGAGAACAUUCUCAUUACCGAACUUGCAAAGAAGCAGGAAUCGAUAAAUAUUGGUGCACAUGUUUAAACAAAAAGUUUGAACAAUUUCAAAAUGGAAAUGAAAGUAAUACGUAUUAUGUGGAUUUGUAA